CAUAAAUACCGGUCUAACAACUGAUUUGAAUAGACAAACUUUUUAUUGUUAACACUUCUUAGAAUCUCUGGAAUUUUUGAGCGAACAAAUCAGUAUCAUUUUACAAAUCAAUCGAUUAAGACCUUACAAAAUAUUUUUCGUGUGCUAAAAUGCAAAUUUGGAAAAUUAUUUUUCUAUUUUUGAUAAAUUUCAGCAUUGCAAGGUGCCAGAGUUGUUCGAAUUUUGCCAAUUUUUAUUCUGAUCAUUAUGGAGGGAUAUUUGGACAAGUUGAAAUCCCUCGUGUGCCUUUUCAAUCAUAUUCAUUCUUUGAAGUUGAAUUAUCAGUAGCUGCAAGAUUGCCAAGUAACAACGAUUGGAAAAUCGUCAUCCUUAAUACAAACGUAUACGAUGAUUUGAUGAAUGGCCGAAACAUUAUUUUAAAAUUUGUUCCUUUAAUUACAAAUCCUUUACCAAUUGUCACUGGAGUAUUUUUGAAUGGGAAUCGAUUAUGUUCAAGUUCUCCUGCACGUGGAAGUUAUGUGUCGACAAUCAAAAUGUCGCAUACAUACACAAUCAGCAAUAUUCCUCAAAAUGCUCAAACCAAUUCACGACCUGUUCCAAAUCAGUCUUAUUAUCAUCAAAAUCAAGAAACAACCAGAAGAAUCAUUUAUGCACAGCCAACGACCAGAGCAACACAACCACCAAUCCCUGCAAAACCGCGACAAACUACGCAAGUUUACAUAGACAAUAAACUAGGAACUAUAAGUAGUGCACAAACUUUUGUAUGUGGAGUUCGAAGGAAUCAGCUUGGUGCUGUUUCCUUUGUUGUUGCUAAGAAAAGUGACUUUCCAUGGCUCGCUGCAUUCUACUACAGACAGAAUGGAUUCAUUUGUGGUGGAACAAUAGUUUCAACUAAAGUUAUAGUGACAGCAGCUCAUUGUGUCCAAGAUAAGCAAGACUUUGAGCUGAAAAGUGCUGAAGAUUCAACAUUUUAUCUUGGAAAAUAUAAAUUAAAUGAUUUAAAUGAAAAGGAUUACAUCAGUUCGGGAGUUCGGCAAUUUGUAGUUCAUCCAAAAUGGAAUCCAUUUGAAGAACGAUACUCUGCUGAUUUGGCAAUUGCUUUGCUCUAUAGAACUAUCAAAUUUACCAAUGAUAUCAUACCGCUUUGCAUUCCACCACAAAAAAACAAUCAUCAAGAUAUAGUUCAUAAAGCAGGUCUUGUUGCUGGAUGGGGUUUAACUUCCCAAGGAACAAUUUCUGAUUAUCCGAUGUUUGUGUCGCUACCCGUUGUGGCCGAUGUAGAUUGCUUAAGGUCAGAUGAUGCAUUUACAAAAAUUACAUCUAGUUCGACAUUUUGUGUUGGUGACGGAUCUGGAAGAUCACCAUGCAAUGGUGACUCUGGUGGAGCUUUUGCAGUUAAAAAUGAUGCAGAUAGCAAAUAUUAUUUCAGAGGCAUUGUUUCUUCUGGAUUACGUAGAAGCGAGGAUGGUUAUGCUUGCGAUAACAACAAAUAUGCAGUAUUUACUGAUGUUGCUCAAUAUACAGACUGGAUCAACAGUUAUACUACCAGUUAUGGAUGAAAAAUUUAAGUCGUGUAUUCUUGUGUUUUUAUUGGAUUUUAGAAAAGUAUCCCAUGCAGAGAAAUUUAUAUUCGACUUUAGUCUUAAAAUGUAACUAGUUAUCCUUACGUCUCUUUUAAUAGAAGAAAUUUCAAAUCAAUAAAGCCGUUCACUUAUUACGUUACGCAAAAAAACGACUUUUUUCACCCCCCUCCCCCCUUGUUACAAUAUGUUACAACUCACAACCCCCCCACCUGAACGUUUAUAAUUUAUUUUAUUUUGAUAAUUUUUUAUAUAUAGUUAUUAAAAACAUUUAUAACAAAAACUAUGCAUUGCUUAGCUAUUAAAAGUGAUCUGGACAUUCAUAAAUCAUUAAAAAGGUGGAAAAUUUAAAAAAAUGUUUUUUGUGUGAAUUUGUAAACAAAUUUUUUUCGUGAACUUUUUUUACUGAACUUUAGAACGUUACAUACUUCUUGACACCCCCCCCCCUAAAAUGCGAACGUAAUAAGUGAACGGCCCCAAACCUGAGCUAUUAUUUUA